AAAAUAAAAAUAAGCAUUACACAAAUUAUGAAACUCAAACUGUGUUGUUAUAAAAAAAUGCAGCUUUAGGAUACAUUCUACUCACAAAACAGUCACGUGUAAAAUGUUUUUAUACAUGCAUUAAAGAAAAAGAAACUCCUUAAAAUGAAGUAACUAUUUCCUGUUUCAUUUUGUUUGAACAGCUUUUGUUGCUCACUACGAGUUGCUUUAAAUCUCUGGGAAGGUCUGUUCCGAAUUUACUACUUCUGGAUUGGCCAAAGUCUCUUUAAAGUGUGUGCUUUGUUCUCUAAAAAGCUUAGGUCAGUUGAGCAACAAGCUCCUCCUGUUUUUUUUUUUUUUUUUUUUGAAAAAAAAAGAGCUGAGUAAUGCUGGAGCCUUCUCAUGUGGCUGAUGCAAACCUGGAGAAUUUGCAUCAUCAUUUAGCUGUAGUAAGUUGGUGUGACAGGCAGGCGCUUAAAUACAAGCCCAUGAGGAAGCUGAGCUGGUUUGUAAUGAUAGGGCGGCAGCAGCAGCAGCAGCAGCGGUAGAACGAGGAGGUGGAGAACUGGGAGCACGAUGCAUACACAGGUGUUUCUGAUUAGUAAUUAGCCGCUGUGAAGGAUAAAGCACACCUUUGGGUUUUUACCUGUGAACACUAUAGGGCUGAGAAAGACAGUCUGAAAGCAAAGAAAGCAAAGAGGAAGACCUCGAUCAGUAACACCAAGAGACACCAAAGUUGAAAGUUUUGUUUUCUUUCCCUCUGUUUUAUUUUUCCCCCGUGUGCCCCUACUAUGGUCAGAAAGCCUGUUGUGUCCACCAUCUCCAAAGGAGGUUACCUGCAGGGAAAUGUUAACAGGAGGCUGCCUUCCCUGGGCAACAAGGAGCCACCUGGGCAGGAGAAAGUGCAGCUGAAGAGGAAAGUCACUUUACUGAGGGGAAUCUCCAUUAUCAUUGGCACCAUCAUUGGAGCAGGAAUCUUCAUCUCUCCUAAGGGCGUGCUCCAGAACACAGGCAGCGUGGGCAUGUCUCUGACCAUCUGGACGGUGUGUGGGGUCCUGUCACUAUUUGGAGCCUUGUCUUAUGCUGAAUUGGGAACAAGUAUAAAGAAAUCCGGAGGUCAUUACACUUAUAUUUUGGAAGUCUUUGGUCCAUUACCAGCUUUUGUACGAGUCUGGGUAGAACUCCUCAUAAUACGCCCUGCAGCUACAGCUGUGAUAUCCUUGGCAUUUGGACGCUACAUUCUGGAACCAUUUUUUAUUCAAUGUGAAAUCCCUGAACUUGCGAUCAAGCUCAUUACAGCUGUGGGCUUAACUGUAGUGAUGGUCCUAAAUAGCAUGAGUGUCAGCUGGAGCGCCCGGAUCCAGAUUUUCUUAACCUUUUGCAAGCUCACAGCAAUUCUGAUAAUUAUAGUCCCUGGAGUUAUGCAGCUAAUUAAAGGUCAAACACAGAACUUUAAAGACGCCUUUUCAGGAAGAGAUUCAAGUAUUACGCGGUUGCCACUGGCUUUUUAUUAUGGAAUGUACGCAUAUGCUGGCUGGUUUUACCUCAACUUUGUUACUGAAGAAGUGGAAAACCCUGAAAAAACCAUUCCCCUUGCAAUAUGUAUAUCCAUGGCCAUUGUCACCAUUGGCUAUGUGCUGACAAAUGUGGCCUACUUUACGACCAUUAAUGCUGAGGAGCUGUUGCUUUCAAAUGCAGUAGCAGUGACCUUUUCUGAGCGGCUACUGGGAAAUUUCUCAUUAGCAGUUCCGAUCUUUGUUGCCCUCUCCUGCUUUGGCUCCAUGAAUGGUGGUGUGUUUGCUGUCUCCAGGUUAUUCUAUGUUGCGUCUCGAGAGGGUCACCUUCCAGAAAUCCUCUCCAUGAUUCAUGUCCGCAAGCACACUCCUCUGCCAGCUGUUAUUGUUUUGCACCCUUUGACAAUGAUAAUGCUCUUCUCUGGAGACCUCGACAGUCUUUUGAAUUUCCUCAGUUUUGCCAGGUGGCUUUUUAUUGGGCUGGCAGUUGCUGGGCUGAUUUAUCUUCGAUACAAAUGCCCAGAUAUGCAUCGUCCUUUCAAGGUUCCACUGUUCAUCCCAGCUUUGUUUUCCUUCACAUGCCUCUUCAUGGUUGCCCUUUCCCUCUAUUCGGACCCAUUUAGUACAGGGAUUGGCUUUAUCAUCACUCUGACUGGAGUGCCUGCAUAUUAUCUCUUUAUUAUAUGGGACAAGAAACCCAAGUGGUUUAGAAUAAUAUCAGAGAGAAUAACCAGAACAUUACAAAUAAUACUGGAAGUUGUACCAGAAGAAGAUAAGUUAUGAACUAAUGGACUUGAGAUCUUGGCAAUCUGCCCAAGGGGAGACACAUAAUAGGGAUUUUUACUUCAUUUUCUGAAAAUCCAGAGAAUUACAACUUCGGUGAUAAACAAAAGGAGUCAGUUAUUUCUAUUCAUAUAUUUUAGCAUAUUCAAACUAAUUCCUAAGAAAUUUAGUUAUAACUCUAUGUAGUUAUAGAAAGAGAAUAUGCAGUUGUUCUAUGAGUCACAAUUCUUGAGUCUCUGAUACCUACCUAUUGGGGUUAGGAGAAAAGACUAGACAAUUACUAUGUGGUCAUUCUUUACAACAUAUAUUAGCAUGGCAAAGAACCUUCAAAUUGAAGACCGAGAUUUUUCUGUAUAUAUGGGUUCUGUAAACAUGGUUUUACACACUACAGAUGACUAUACUGUGAAAAGUGUUUUCAAUUCUGAAAAAAAGCAUACAUCAUGAUUAUGACCAAGAGGAGAGAAAGAAAUUUAUUUUACAUUGACAUUGCAUUGCUUCCCCUUAGAUACCAAUUUAGAUAACACUCAUGCUUUAAUGGAUUAUACCCAGAGCAUUUUGAACAAAGGUCAGAGGGGAUUAUUGAAUACAUUAAAGAAGAGUUUCUAGGGGCUACUGUUUAUGAGACACAUCCAGGAAUUAUGUUUGAGUAAAAAAUCCUUGAGAAUUUAUUAUGUCAGAUGUUUUGUCAUUCAUUAUCAGGAAGUUUUAGUUAUCUGUCAUUUUUUUCACAUCAGUUUGAUCAGGAAAGUGUAUAACACAUCUUAGAGCAAGAGUUAAGUUUGGUAUUAAAUCCUCUUAAGAACAACCACCUAUUUCACUAAUAACUUACCCCUGAUGAGUAUAUCUAAACAUAUGCAUUUUUAAACCUUCAAAUUACAUUGUCAACAUGAGAGAAAUCACCAACAAAGAAAAUGUUCAAAAUAAUAGUCCCACAUCUGUAAUGAUAUCUACAUGCAAUGUUAGUAAUUCUGAACAGUUUUUUAAAUUUAUGGCUAUUUUUACAUCAUGAUGAAUUUUGACAGUUUGUGCAUUUUCUUUAUACAUUUUAUAUUCUGUUAAAAUAUCUCUUCAGAUGAAACUGUCCAGAUUAAUUAGGAAAAGGCAUAUAUUAACAUAAAAAUUGAGAAAGAAAUGUCACCGCUAAAUAAGAUUUACAACUGAUGUUUCUAGAAAAUUUCUACUUCUAUAUCUAGUCUUUGUCAGUAAUUUCCACACCUUAAUUAUCAUUCAACUUGCAAAAGAGCUAACUGAUAAGAAGAAAAUUGAAAGAAUCAGAAUCUGUGGAUGAGUGUUUGUGUUCAGAAGAUGUUGUUAUGCCAGUAUUAGAAAAUAUUGUGGGCCAGGCAUGGUGGCUUACACCUGUAAUCCCAGCACUUUGGGAGGCUGAGGCAGGCGGAUCACCUGAGGUCAGAAGUUCUAGACCAGCCUGACCAACAUGGAGAAACCUUGUCUCUACUAAAAAUGCAAAAUUAGCUGGGCAUGGUGGCGCAUGCUGGUAAUCUCAGCUAUUCAGGAGGCUGAGGCAGGAGAAUUGUUUGAACCCAGGAGGCAGAGGUUGCAGGGAGCCGAGAUUGUACCACUGCACUCCAGCCUGGGUGAGAGACUCCAUCUCCAAAAAGUAUAUGUGUGUGUGUGUGUGUGUGUGUGUGUGUAUGGUGGAACUUACAAAUGAGAGCAAUAUAAUGAUGAAAUUUUGAACUGUUAUUUAUAAACAUGUAAGGUAGAAUGGUUAGUCAUGGCCAGAGUAUGUUUCAUCCUUUAAUUUUUGUCCAUUUGAAAAUAAGGAUUUUUGAAAGAAUUAUACCAAUUAAAAUUAUUAAAGGCAAACAUAGAGUUCAUAGAAAAUUGUCCAAAGUAUAAAUGAUGACCUAUAAUUUGGAGCAUUUCCAAUUCAGUAAUUUCAAUUUUGCUCUUGAAAAUAUUUAAUAUAUAUCGAAGACUGACAUUUCUUUAGCCGAACCUAACGUUUGGGUCUCUAAGUGAAUUUAUAAUAACUCCUUCCUUCCUUAGCAUAGGGUUUGCAAACUUUGAUCUAUAAUUCCUAUUUCUAGUAAAUAUUGUUCAUUUGUCCAGAUCUCUCCCUAUCAUGUGUUGCCGGAGGUAAGAAUUUCUUUUAUAUUCCUAUUUUUUUCCCCCAUAGACUAGGCUCAUAGAAUUUAAACAAGCAAACUUUUCCUGAGCUUUUUCUUGCCAAAUGAAAGAAGACUGGUAAAUUCUCAUAGAGAGGUUUGUGCAGUUCUUGGCUAUUCCUGGGGUUAAUGUGCUUAUAUUCACAGCGGCAAAUUGGUCUCAGAAUUUAAUUUAUUUAUUUUUGAUUUGAAUUUCUCUUUAAAAGUAUUGAUUUAAAAGGUAACUAGAAUUAUUCUUUCUCAUUUUCAAAAGUGAUUUUUACAUUAUGAAAUUUCCCUGCCAUUGUAAUGCCAUUUCAAGCAGAAAAAAAGUCAGCCAGUAAUUAAGAAAAAAAGUGAUGGAAAAUAAGUAGUAUUUUGGCUUAUUUUUAGGACUCAUCAUGAGAAGACACAGAGUUCCUUUAAUCAGGAAAUUAAUAUUAAUAAUUUUCAUUCAAAAUGGUAGUAUGUAAAGCAGAUUCUCAUUCAAAAACUCUCUUGCACACUUAUUUAUAUAUAUGUAUGUUUUUAUAUAAGUAAAUUUUUUCUCAUAUUUUUAUACAAUAUGCACACACACAUAUGCACAUACUACUACAUGCGCUGUACUUGUACUUUGUAGCAUGCAUAUUCAAAUGUUUAUAUAUAUGUUUAUUAUAACAUAAAAAGUAAAAGUAAUGAAUACUGUUUAAAAUAACUAAUAUAGUAUUUUUUAAUUUUUGUGGGGAUGGAUUCUCAAAUACUUAAUUGUGAUUUUAAAAGAUCCAGUAAAGACUUCUAAAGCUAAAACACAAUUUGAUUUUAAAAAGAAUGAUUCUCCUUACACAAUUAUAAAUAUUUGCAGUAAAUAUUUUCCUCAUAGUACUAUUUUGACCCCGUUCAAAAAGUAUUAGAUUAUAUUCCUUUAAUCAAAUGAAAACUGAACCAUUAUAGAUGGUUAGCUGAAAGUAGACCCUAUUCUUGUCCUUCUUUAGAAGAGUAAAGAUUUGUCCUAGGGAAGAUGGCUGACUUCAGUUCAAAAUAUGCAUAUGCAUUUAGACUGUAGCUCCUCAGCCCUGUGGACACAAAAUUUGUACAGUUUAAUAGGUCACAUUAUCAAUGCAUGGUGGUUUCUCCAACACUAAGAUAUUCACGUUGAAGCAGAUUUCCUGUUCAUCUUAUGUGUCUGGUAAAAUUGUUUCCCCAGUUACAAUCUGACUUAUCGAUAGAGGGUUAACAAGAGUAUAAUUACAUAACAGAAUUCCUCAUCAACUGUGAUCAGUCUACAGGAAAAUCAUUAUUUUAUCUCGAUCUGCAGCUGAAUAUACUGCUAAGAAAGGGAGCAACUCUGACCUUUGUUAAAGUUGACCUUUUGUAAUUGAGGUAUAAGUUAUGAAAAGAUAAAAAACUGAAGGCCAGAGAAUCAGGAAAUGAAAGAUAGUAUGUGACUGAAGGUAACAAUAUUUUAAUGUUAUGCAAUAUAGUCAGAGAAAUAUUAAAAAUUAGUUGUUUGCUGUGCAUAGGUGGAUCUCCCAAGAAGUUAAUGAAACCUAAGCUUCAGUGCCUCUCACUUAGACAUGUUCCGUUCGAGGUCCUGAACCUAACUUUGCAUUAGAAAUUCUGUAUUAAUUUUGUUGAAGAAGACCAGCAAAGUUGUAUAUACUUCUACCCCCCCAAAAUCUGCAUUGUCCAUGUGAGUAAAGUAAAAUAAUUCCUAUUAUUUUUUUUCUAUUAGAAAUAAGUAUGGAGAAUAUAUUUUUUAAAAUGUAAGUUAUGAGUUAAUUGAAUGUCCAUAUAUAACAAGUGACUUUCUCAUAAUAUAUAUGAUGUGAUAUAUAGGGAGAUAGUCUCACUUUCAUCAUAUUUUAUAUGUUGAUUCUGAACUAUGGAAAAAUAAUAAAUGGGAUUUUAAUUAUAGCUCUUUUUCUUAGUUUGGAAAGAAAUACAGAGAGAUGUGGGAUUUGAAUGCCCAUGAAAGACAUUUAAUUUUACUUGAAUAUAUUCUUGCUUCACUUUACCCUCCAUAACAUGUUGUACAUUAGUGCUGAUCAAGUUUACAGAGUUAUAUUUUGCUUUCCUAACCAUUCAAAGUCAGGAAUUAAAAUAUGGCAUUGUAUAACUGGAAAGAAGUUCAUAGUGUAUAUAAAUUAGAGUAGAUAAUGGGUCACCUUGAUAGUUUCUGUUUACAUUACUUGUAUAUAGGCAAAAUAAUGAUUACCUAUACAUGUAUUUAAGCUUAAUUUUCCCAUAAACAGUAUUUUUAAUCUAUGUUAAAAUAGAUAAUACCUAAAAGUGUGAUCUUUAGGUAGUCCUUAGUUUAUUAGUACUGUACUUUAAAAACAUUUUUAAAUAAGCCCGGCACAGUGUCUCAUGCCUGUAAUCCCAGCACUUUGGGAGGCCAAGGUGGGUUAAUCACCUGAGGUCAGGAGUUCGAGAUCAGCCUGGCCAACAUGGUGAAACCCUAUCUCUACUAAAAAUAAUACAAAAAUUAGCCAGGCAUGGUGGCAGGCGCCUGUAAUCCCGGCUACUUGGGAGGCUGAGGUAGGAGAAUCACUUGAGCCCAGGGGGCGGAGGUUGCAGUGAGUUGAGGUUGCAUCAUUGCACUCCUGCCUGGGGGACAAGAGUGAGACUUCAUCUCAAAAAAAAAAAAAAAAAAAAAAAAAAUUUAAAUAAUAGCUAAAAGUAUGAUCUCUAGGUAGUCCUUAGUUUAUUAGUACUGUACUUAAAAAUGAUUUUUAAUAGUCAAUUUUGGGAUGUAAUUAUUUCUUUCCUUGUAUUUUCAAAUUAGUUGGUGUCUAAAAAUAAAUGUUUUGUCUAAUUUUAGAUCAGGUAUACAUUCACAAAAGCAUAAAUCAUGGUCUCACAGGAAAUUCACCAAUUUUCCAUAUGUUAUGAGAUAAUUGUCCUUUCUACAACCUCAUAACAAUGAAUUUAUAUAAUUACCUAGAUUUUCUUAGGGUGAAUCUACCAAUUAGUUUUAUUUUCUUGGUAGUUAUUUUUCUCCCUCCUCUCUGUUACUAUUGGCCUUAAAACACACAGAGGAUGGUUACAGUCUCCUAAUAGCUAUCUGUUACAUGUGUGUGUUUCAGCGUACUUGAAUCAAGCGUACAUUUAUAGUACCAAUAACCACCUUUACAGCUUUACAGCUAACAAUUCUGUCACAAAACUGUAGAGCAUUAGGCAUCUGAGAGCCAUACAGAGGGCCACACUUGUUCCAAAGUGAACAUACUUUUUUUUCCUCAACAUAUACACUACUGAUUUUUUUUAAAAGUAUGACUUUCAAGUGAAUUAGUGUAUUGGUUAGGAGAACUGCUUGCUAAGUCCUUAUUACCUCUUGUUGAAGCCUUAAAAAGCCAUGCUGAAAGCCAGAGGGGAAAAAAAGAGUAAUGCACAGGUAUCUCUUUUGCAAUGGUGACUGUAUUUUGAGUACCUUGUGUGACAGGGUAUUUCAUACAGCAUCUUGUGGGAAAACGUAUUAGGCCUUUGCAUGUUAAAGCUGUAUAAUUUGUUGGGUUGUGAGUGGUCUGACUGAAGUGUGUAUUAUAAAAUUUAGACAUCAAAUGUUCCUUCUAAUGAACUUUAUUAGAUGCAUAGUUAGAAGCACAGUCAUAUCACACUGGGAGGCAAUGCAAUGCGGUUCCCUGGUCCUAGGUUUGAACUGUCUUAUUUCAAAGGAUUUCUGAAUUAAUUUUUCCCUAGAAUUUCUCCUUCAUUCCAAAGUAGAAACAUACUUUGAAGAAGGAAACAGAUUGUUCCCAUGAAUGUAUGCUUACACUUGAAACGAUCUAUGUUAAAUGACUGUGCAUGUGAAUUAUUUCAAGUACUACCCCAAAGAACUUUCUUAUUGCUCUGAAAAGAAGAAAAGCAAUGUAAAUCACUAUGAUUAUUGCACAAACCACCAGAAUUCUCCAACAAUUUUAAGUAAUCUGAUCCUCUUCUUGGAGAAAAUUGUUACCUAAUAGUUUUUCCUCAUGAAUGUUAUUACUACUGGUAUAAACCAAAUUUCUAUAAAUUUCCUACUUAAGUCUUGAGAACUGGGUUCUUCCUUUGAUGUUAUUCAUGUUCAGAAAGGAAAUAACACUUUACUCUUUUAGGACAGUUCCUAGAAUCUACAGUAGUAUCAGGAUAUAUUUUGCUUUAAAAUAUAUUCUGGUUAUUUUGAAUACAGACAUUGGCUCCAAAUUUUCAUCUUUGCACAAUAGUAGUGAGUUUUCACUAGAACUUCUCAACAUUUGGGAACUUUGCAAAUAUAAGCAUCAUAUGUGUUAAGACUGUAUCAUUUAAUGCUAUGAGAUACAUUGUUUUCUCCCUAUGCCAAACAGGUGAACAAACGUAGUUGUUUUUUACUGAUACUAAAUGUUGGCUACCUGUGAUUUUAUAGUAUGCACAUGUCAGAAAAAGGCAAGACAAAUGGCCUCUUGUACUGAAUACUUGGGCAAACUUAUUGGGUCUUAAUUUUCUGACAGGAUUUGACUCAAUAUUUGUAGAGCUUGCGUAGAAUGGAUUACAUGGUAGUGAUGCACUGGUAGAAAUGGUUUUUAGUUAUUGACUGAGAAUUCAUCUCAGGAUGAAUCUUUUAUGUCUUUUUAUUGUAAGCAUAUCUGGAUUUACUUUAUGAAGAUGGUUUUAGAAAGCUUUGUCUAAAAGUUUGACCUAGGAAUGGUGACUUCAUUUUCAGUUGCCAAGGGGUAGAAUAAUAAUACAUGUGUUGUUAUGUUUAUAUUAACAUAUUAUUAGGUACUAUCUAUGAAUGUAUUUCAAUAUCUUUCAUAUUCUGUGACAAGCAUUUAUAAUUAGCAACAGUGGAGUCCAUUUAGCCCAGUGGGAAAGUCUUGGAACUCAGGUUACCCUUGAGGGUUAUGCUGGCAGCCAUCUCUUUGAUCUGUGCUUAAACUGUAAUUUAUAGACAAGCUAAAUCCCUAACUUGGAUCUGGAAUGCAUUAGCUAUGACCUUGUACCAUUCCCAGAAUUUCAGGGGCAUCGUGGGUUUGGUCUAAUGAUUGAAAACAGAAGAACAGAGAGAUCCAGCUGAGAAAGAGUGAUGCUCAAUAUCCUGACUGGUCCUCAACUCAGGCGGAGUUUCUUCACUCUGGCAUUGCGAUCAUGAAACUUAGUAAAGGGGAUUGUGUGUAUUUUAUACAAAUUUAAUACAAUGUCCUACAUUGAUUGAUAAAUUCUUAAAGAGCGAAACUGCACUUUAUUUCUGCAUCUACAUUCCAAUCAUAUUAGUAGAACUAAGAUAUUUAUCUAUGAAGAUAUAAACAGUGCAGAGAGACUGUCAUCUGUGGAUUGCGUUGUUUCUUACGGUUCCUUGGCACUGAUGCCUGCGCAAGCAUGUGAUAUGUGAAUAAAAUGGAUUCUUCUAUAGCUAAAUGAUUCCCCUCUGGGGAGAGUUCUGGUACCGCAAUCACAAUGCCAGAUGGUGUUUAUGGGCUAUUUGUGUAAGUGGUAAGAUACUAUGAAAUAAGUGUGUUUUCAUCUUACGGAAACUCUUGAUGCAUGUACUUUUGUAUGGAAUAAAUUUUGGUGCAAUAUGAUGUCAUUCAACUUUGCAUUGAAUUGAAUUUUGGUUGUAUUUAUAUGUAUUAUACCUGUCAUGCUUCUAGUUGCUUCAACCUUUUUAUAACCAUUUUUGUACAUAUUUUUACUUGAAAAUAUUUUAAAUGGAAAUUUAAAUAAACAUUUGUUAGUUUACAUAAUA